CAGCGGGUGCUGCCGCAGAGUAAGGAGACGCUGCUGCAGUCGUACAAUAAGCGCCUCAAGGAUGAUGUCAAGUCCAUUAUGGAUAAUUUCACGGAAAUCAUUAAGACGGCUAAGAUUGAGGAUGAAACCCAAGUUUCUCGAGCAACGCAGGGUGAACAAGACAACUAUGAGAUGCAUGUGAGAGCUGCCAACAUUGUCCGAGCUGGGGAGUCCCUGAUGAAACUUGUGUCUGACCUGAAGCAGUUCCUGAUCCUCAAUGAUUUCCCCUCUGUGAACGAAGCCAUCAACCAGCGCAACCAGCAGCUCAAGAGUUUGCAGGAGGAGUGUGACAAGAAGCUGAUUGCACUGAGGGAUGAGAUCUCCAUUGACCUGUACGAGCUAGAAGAAGAAUAUUACUCUUCCAGCUACAGUCUGUGUGACAGCAAUGAUCUCCCCCUGUGCGAAGCCUACUGGAGAGAAGACUUUGCUACGCUGUCCCCCGAGGGCCUCUCCAUGCCUCUGGCAGCUGCCACAGCAGAGCAGAGCGUUGCUCCCUCCCAGAGCUCGACUCCAUCACACCCUCACGUGAACGGGCACGGGGCAGGCCCCGCCGAGCACUCCUGAAGAGGAUCCGCUGC